UAGCCUGGUCUUUUCCUACCCUGUCCCAUUUUCGCCGCAAGUGACUCUCCUCCAUCCUUCCUCAUCCGAAUAGGCUCUCUGCCGGUGACACUAUCGAGCUAUCCUUCCUUAUCCAGUAAAUCAUCGAACCUCUGCUGCCAAUAUCAUCUGACCAUCUUUCCAUCUUUUCCACUUCGUCCUUCCUCUAAUCUCAUCUGUUCACCAAAAAAAAAAAAAUCUCAUCCAACGACAUCAUCGAAAUCAACUCCGCCCAUUAUCAAACCUCUCGGCACAGAUCGGGCACUCUUCCUCCACCGUCGAACAGCCGUUGACUUCCGUAAACGGCCUUCGAGUGCGAAAGAACCACAAAGAGAGUGCGCGCGCUAAUGGCAGCAGCGAGUGGGGACACAUGGAAGGCCCAUUCAGCUAUGGCGUUGACGCAGAUACUCUAUGGAGGUUACCACGUUGUCACAAAAUUGGCACUCAACGACGGGAUCAACCAAUUAGUCUUCUGCGUCUUCCGCGACCUUAUUGCUCUUGUUUUUCUGGCUCCCCUCGCUAUUUUUCGUGAAAAACAGACCCGACCACCGUUGAAUCUGCGCCUCCUUUUGUCGUUCUUCUUUCUUGGGUUAACCGGGAUAUUUGGCAACCAGAUAUUGUUUCUUCUUGGUUUAAGCUAUACUAAUCCAACUUAUGCUGCUGCCACGCAACCAGCCAUUCCAGUCUUUACAUUUGUUUUGAGUGUGAUGAUCGGUACAGAAAGAGUAAACUUGCUUAGAUAUGAAGGUCUAACAAAGGUUGGAGGAACUUUUGUGUGUGUUUCUGGUGCCAUAUUUAUGGCUUUGUGUCGUGGUCCUGCACUAAUAGGUUACAAAGAAACUGAUAUUAUAGCAGAAAGUGAAGCAUGUGCCAAAGGUCAACCUGAGCCAUCUGGAUGGUUGUUUGGUAGUUUGGUGGGCCUUGGGUUAGACCAAUUUGACAUUGGACUUGUGUGCUUGAUAGGAAACUGCAUGUGCAUGGCCGCUUUUAUAGCCAUCCAGGCUCCUGUGUUAGUAAAGUAUCCUGCCAACCUAUCUGUGACAGCCUAUUCUUAUUUAUUUGGAGCUAUUCUGAUGAUGAUAACAGCAUUCUUGAUGGCUAAUGAGUCAACUGAUUGGAAAUUGACAGAGUCGGAAAUAUUUGCUGUUAUAUAUGCGGGAACAAUUACUUCUGCCCUUUGUUAUGGACUAUUGACAUGGUCCAAUAAGAUCUUGGGGCCAACAAUGGUUGCUCUUUAUUAUCCAGUUCAACCAGUAGCUUCUGCCCUCUUGUCACGAAUUUUCCUUGGAAGUCCAAUUUAUUUAGGAAGUGUCGUAGGGGGAUGUUUGAUUGUUGCUGGACUGUAUAUGGUUACUUGGGCAUCUUCCAGAGAAAGACAGGCAGCUCUCUUAGCCAUUCCUUACGAUCCUCAUGUCUCAUGGGUUUCUGAACCGCUCAUUCAUCGAGAUGAUUUGCUCAACAGGAAUUCAUGCUCGAGAGAUGUAUCACCAAAGCCUUCAGAUUAAAGGAGUUGGAUUCUGGAAUGCCUUCCUUGUAAAGUUGUCUCACUUUCUCAGUCUGCUGUGUUGGUGAAUUUGUAUGUUAAAUGCUAAUUAAGAUUUUUCAAUAUUAGAUUUUUGUUUGGGCCAAAUAUUAGAUGUUUUCAAAUCCAAAAUUGUACGUGCAUUUGAAAAUUUCAAUUUUCAGUUCACGGUUACCCUUUGGCCAAAAAAAAAAAAAAAAAGGUUCAUGGUUCCCUUGCUCUUUAACUUGGGGGUCUGUGUCCUAGUCCGCUGAACGUCAUGCUGCAAUUUCACUGCAUUUGAGCUUGUGUCUAGUUUCUGGUUUUCGGUGGUCAUUGUUAGUUGCUAACAUUCUGCUGUUGGGAUUUGCUGGCACUAGUGAAGAUGAGAAGUUAAUUCACUUGUGUUUUUAUUUGAACCCUUGCAUUCCACUUCUGAUGCACUUUGUCUUUCUGGUUUGGUUCAAAAUAUGACUCUUGUUGUAAUCUGACUUUUGCUGGACACGGCAUCAUAGGUCCAACCAAAUUUGUCUCCUUGGAAACAGAGCUGAUCUUGCUUCCCAUGGUUGAUGGAUUCUGAUGAUGAGAUAAACAAAGCAUAUGUUACGAAUUGCAGAGCCUAUGUUACCUGUAGGCUUUCCUCUCAUACCAAAAGAAGGGAAGGCCUCUUGGGUGAGGAGCCUGAUCGAUCAGAUCAGGGACUUCUUGGUGGCACAUAAAUGGCAAUAGCAUAUGUAAAGUUUCUUGUUUACUUGCGGUUGGUGAAUGUCGCAUAAAAGCUGUACAAGUAGAGAUAUUGAAAUCCUCCUAAACCUUUAUAUUUUGUUACCUUGUUUCAAUGAAAAUACCAUAUAUCAAGUUGUAUGAAGUUGGCACGAAUGGUUUCUUUAUGACGCUUGAUGAUGAGAGUGAGUUUAUUUAUUUGACCAGCAUGAUGAGAGUUUGUAUAUCA